GAAGGCUUGUUUUGUUGUCAUGGUUCGCGAAUCCCCCAGCGUGGUUGUGUGCCUAUAGUUUCUAGGAUCUACUCUACUCUACUACGCGUGGUCGUCAUCCACGCUGCGUAGUUCGUUGGCGGCUUGAUUAUGGCAGAUGAAGCAAUCGUACGAUCGCAUCUCCUGGACUUUGAGAGUGGCGAACACAACUGGCGUGGAUACGUGAAGACCGAUCAAGAACUGGAGCACCUAGAAAGAGCCCUUCUCGGCCUAGGAGUGUCAUUCAAGGUGACAUCCUCCAGGAAACAUGCCGAAGAAAACCUACAUAAGGCAGGAAAGCUGAAGCUUAUGUUCUCCAUCAACCGGGGAGCUGUGCCUCUGAACUUGCAGCUGCCCUUCAGAGUACUAUCAUUGACUGACAAAGGGUGCCUGUAUGGAAAAGACAAGCACUCACACAAAGGUCAAUCAGAGGACUCUCCUGUUCCUGACCAGCUGUCCCCUGGUCCUCCCUGCUGUGGUCUCGUUCCUGCCUUCGGCCCUGCAGCCACCUCCACCCUGCCUAAUCCACCUGACAGCCUCUAAAGUCGCCUCGGCGGCUGGUUCGCCCACUCAAGCUUUGGCCCAGGCCCGAGCGUGGUCGCUCCGGCUUCCGUUCCUGGCUGUCUGCUGUUCCGGCCUGCCGUUCCUGUGAGGCCCCCAUCCCAGCGACUUUCGGCAGUUGGCUGCCACACGCAACUUGCAGCCACGCCUCGUACGUUCCCGGCUGCCAACCUCUCCAGACCG